AUGGAAGACGAGUUUUUCUUUUCUCUUCUCCGAAUAUCAAUCGCUCAAAUCCUCAAAGCGUCCGGGUUUGACAAAUGCAGACCCUCGGUUCUCAACAUCGUCACAGAUCUCUACAUAAAGCAUCUACAACUCAUAGCAGCAAAAGCACAGAAAUUUGCACUUGCUCGCGCCAGUGAUCCCAACGGAGUAUCUGUUCCAGAUGUACUUGAAGCGUUCCUUGCUGCUGGAACAAUCAAACAGCUGCGGUUUGGAUCUGUAGAUGGGAAGCUAGAGAACGACGAUAGUAAUACAUAUUCCGGAGAGGCCUUCCUCAAAUGGCUCCGAUACAGUGAUCAGUAUCGUGUCAGCAAGGCACUUAGCGAAGUUCCUGCUUCUCUUAUACAUAAUUUGAUGGAGAAACGACGCAUAGACACUCUGACAGAAACAGAUCAGGAGCGGAAGAAGAGACGACUUAAGGAGCGCCAGGACUUCUACAAUCAACUCAAACAGGGCGAAGACGCUAACCAAAUGGAAGCUAUGGGUGGCUAUGUCGAUGACUUGGAUGAUGACGAGAUCAACUCAGGCGAUAGACUACUGUGGCUCACGUAUUUGGCCGAGAAGGAUCUCAAGUUGGGUCACAACUUGAAAUUCGUUAAUAGUUGCAUCCAGGAUAGCUUGAUAGAUGUCCACAAGAAUCCUAAAUUCCAUCCUACUAGUAAGGAUGGCGAUCAUGCUGGAUCUUUAUUCCAGGACCAUAUCCUCAACAGUACGCGCAACGACCACAUUCUUUUGCAGAUACACGAGACAGACGCACAAGAUGGGCAGGAAAUCCCCUCAGUGCUCGCAUCUCUGCAGCUAAAGGACCUUCUUCCUUAUAAUGUCAAGUAUAAUCUGGUAUUAUCCGAUGACAGUCUAUCGCAAUACGUGGCUUACGCCGCUGAGCACCCCGAAGAAAUCCAAGCAAGACAAAACCUGGCAAGUAUGCAAGAAGCCCAAAGUUCUGUCUCUAGUCCUGAAAUCAGCAGCGCUGCCCAGGAAGACAAGGCAAAUGCUUCUGUAAAUGGAGACAAAGUGGAUGUUGAAGACAAUGCUAAGCCUUCCAAAGAAAUUGUUGAUACCCCAAAUGACCACGAAAAAUCAGUGAAAGAUAACUCUACUGCUUUAUCACCUGCUAACGAUCAAGAUAUCAACUCCUCGUCUGCAAUGGAUGUCGAUGAUGAGAGGCAGAGUAGCGCAAACUCACCUUCUCGUCAAGAGCCUGAGAAAGAUUCUAAGACUUGUGAAGAAGUCACUGAAAACAACAAAAAAUCUGAGGACACUUCUGAGGGAAGUGCUGAACAGUCAGUUGAAAAACUGAGGACUGAAGAGGAAAUAGAUGACGAUAAGAUUCCCGAAAAGGAAAUGGCCAACGAGAAUACUACCGAGAAUAAAUCCGCUGAUGAGAUGGUGAAAGAUGCCGAUGAUAAAGAAAACGACGAUACUGUCAAAGAUCAAUCACUUCCAGUUAAAACUGAUAAAUCUGACCUGAAUCACAAAAAUGAUGCCUAUGCCGAAUCAAAGACAGAAGAGCCAAACUCCAUGAAUUCUGUGGAUAUUUCUGAUACUAAAAAUGAGGAAUCAAACUCUCCCAGAACAAGCGAGAGUGUGACUAUCAAGAAAGAGGAAAAUGACACUAAAAACAGUGCUGAAAGCGCACUUGCUCAAGAUGAAGGAGAUGAUAAAUAA